CCCUGGGGCGCAGGGCGCGGCCCCCCCCGCUCCGCGCCUCCCCCGCGUGAUCCAGAGCUCUGGAAUUGGGCGGAGGGGACGCGGGCGCGGCUCCGGCACCGGCACCCACCGGGGACCCGGCACCGACCCGCAGGUAUCGCGAUGGCGAGCGAGCGGCUGCAGAGCGCUCAGGACCUGCUGGACCUCACCUUCCAGUCCCUGGCCAUGCAGCACAUGGACCUGAAGCAAGUGGAGCUGGACACGGCGGUGGCGAAGGUGGACGAGCUGUCGCGACAGCUCGAGUCGCUCUGGACCGACGGGCCCGGCCCCCCCCCCAGGGACAUUCCCGGCCGGAGCCGCUCCCCCCUGGCCCGCAGGAGCCUGGAGACCCCCGAGGGGCCGGGGGACGCACUGGGUCCCCCCGGCUCUCCCCGGGCCCCCCAUUACCUGCCGGGGGAGGAUCGGGCCCCUUCCCCCCGGCCCAAGGUGCUGGCAGUGCCCGGGGGGGGCCGAGCCCCGUCCCCGCGGCCCCCCCAUCGCCCCUAUGAGCUGCUGGGACUGGGGGGGGGGCCCCGACCCCCCGCGCCCCCCCCAUAUGAGAUGCACGGGCUGUACCCCUCCAUCGGCGGCUCCCCCGCGGCCUUCCGUGCUCAGGAUGACACCGUGCUCAAGCGGCGCCCACAGAAGGGUUGGAACGAGUCCGACCUGGAUGUGGUCUAUGAGAAGAAACCCCCCAGCGGGGGGGGGUUCGACCGUCCCUCCCCAUCGCUGGGGCUGAUGCUGUCACCAUGGAGGGAGUCGAGCCUGGACGGGGCCGGGGGGGGCCAGGGCAAGGACGCCGCCUAUGGCGGGCACAGCGCCACCCUGCCCCGUAACUACAAGCUGUCGCCGGGGGAGCGGCGGGGACCGGAGGGGCCGUUCCGGCGGUCGGGACACGGGACCCUGCCGCGGGGGUGGCCCGUGUCCCGCAUCCCGGUGCCCCCCCCCGCGCCGCGCUCCCCCCGCCACAAGCCGCUGCCGCUUUCCAUGAUCUUCAAGCUCCAAAACGCCUUUUGGGAGCAGGGGGGGGGGAGGCCCCCGGGGGCUGCCUCUGGGACCCCCCCCCGGGGCGCGGCCACCCCAAAAGCAGCCCCAGGGCCCUGCGCUGCCCCCCGGCGCCCCCGCCAUGGCCGCGGGGGAAGCCGCGGCCCGGCCGGUGCCCCCGGACGCGGCGCUGCCCGAGGCGGAGCCGGAGCUGGAGCGGCUGCUGUCGGGGGCCGAGCCGAGGGGCUGCAGCGGCCGCUGAGCCCGACGCGGCUGCAGCCGCUGCUGCCGCCCGAGGCGCAGCGGGACCCCGAGUUCCAGGCCGUGGCGCGGUCCCUGGCGGAGAUGCCGCGGCCGCUCAAGCGCCGCGGGUCGAUGGAGCAGAGCCCGGGGCCGCCCCCCCGCGCCCGCCAGUACCAGCAGCUCAUCACCCGCCUCCUGCACCACCCGCCCCCCGCGCCCGGGGACCCCGACCUGCCCCCCCCGCCGGCGGCGGCCGACACCGAGGGGCGGCAGAGCCCCCCCGCCGAGCCCCCCCCCGCCAGCCCCGCACCCGCCCCGGAGCUGCGCUCGGCGCUGCGGGACCCGGCGUCCCCCCGCAAGCGCCCCGGGGCGCGGGUGCGGCUCAACCCGCUGGUGCUGCUGCUGGACGCGGCGCUCACCGGAGAACUCGAUGUGGUGCAGCAGGCGGUGGCCGAGCUGAACGACCCGAGCCAGCCCAACGACGAGGGCAUCACGGCGCUGCACAACGCCAUCUGCGGCGCCCACUACAGCAUCGUGGAGUUCCUCAUCGCCAGCGGCGCCAACGUCAACUCCCCCGACAGCCACGGCUGGACACCGUUGCACUGCGCGGCCUCGUGCAAUGACACAGGCGUGUGCGUGGCCCUCGUGCGCCACGGGGCUGCCAUCUUCGCCACCACCACCAGCGACGGCAGCCUGGCUGUGGAGAAGUGUGACCCGUACCGGGAGGGCUACAGCGACUGCUACAACUACCUCACCGAGGUGGAGCAGGGCAUGGGGGUGCUCAACAGCGGCGUGGUGUACGCGCUCUGGGAUUACAGCGCGGCGCUCGGGGACGAGCUCUCGUUCCGCGAGGGGGAGCCCGUGACCGUGCUGCGGCGGCAGCGCCCCGGGGACGUGGACUGGUGGUGGGGGUCGCUCUACGGCCACGAGGGCUUCGUGCCCCGCAACUACUUCGGGCUCUUCCCCAGGGUGCGCCCGCAGCGGAAGAAGGUCUGAGCGGGCCCAGAAGAGGCUUCGGGGGCCCCCCCCCCCCCCCCGGCUGCUUGACCCAUGGCCCCCCCCAUUCUGUCCUGGGGGUGCCCCCCCCAGCGGUGACACGUCCCCCCCGGCUGGUGGCAGCGGGUGGCACCUCCUGGUGGUGGCUUCUCGGGGAGUAAAAGCCUUUGGCUGUGGC